GGAGUAGAUGGAAAUGAGGAUGCUAAUAUACUGGCCGAGCAAUCACUCAGAUCACAAACAGUAAACAUGAAAAUUCCGCUUUGUAAAGCUGAGGGUAAAACAAUCAUAAAGAGACAAAUGCAAAUAGUAUGGCAAGAAUACUGGGACAUAAAUGAUACAGGAAGACAUCUUUAUAAUAAACCAAAAACAGGUUGGGUUGGGAAGAAGGCUGGGCAGGAACCGAAAGGAAGAGGCAGACAUUACCUGUCUCAGGAUAGGACAUACUGGACUUAAUAAGACACUUCAUAAAAUAGGUAAACCCCCAAAGGGUAGAUGCACACACUGGGCAUCCUGAAUCUGUCCUGUGCUGCUGGAGUGCAGGAAGGAACUGACAUCCGCGUUAAAGAAAGCUAAGCUAAGUUUCACUGUAGGGAACAUACUUGGAGAUGUGGCUCAGGGAAUAUACAGUCACCUAAUUAAAUACUUGAAGGAAACAGGGUUAAUAGAGAUCAUUUAAUCAUGUUUUUAUUUUGUUUUGUCUUUUUAUUUUCUUUAUCUGCCAAGCUACUGUUCCACACUCCAGUCCGGUAGGUGGCGGUAAUGCACCUGCAAGCUGGAUGCCAACCGCCAAUCAAAAUAACAGAAGUUGUCCUGCUCUGCUGACGAACCACUGCCUGCUGUCAAAAUUAACAGCAUUAUGGGUCGUGGCUAUAUAGUAGAAGAUGCUGUGGAGGGAUAUCUGUCUAAACUAUGUGAACAACAAGCAGGCCCAGUCACAGGCCUGCUUAUUGGACAGAGCUCCACCCAAAGGGAUUUUGUCGUCAUGGCGACUCGGACGCCUCAAAGGGAGGAGCCUACUUUGGCAGCUGGAAAAUCUCUGGACAAGGAGUGGGUGACUGAGCAUGCUCGACAGCUGUCCAGGAUGCUGCCUGGAGGGCUGUCUGUAUUGGGAGUCUUCAUCAUCGCUGAUACUGAUGCCAAGGACACACUAACCACACUCCGACAGCUGGUUUUUGCAGUGGAGAACCUGAUCUCCUCUGAGCGUCUGUGGAACCCUGCGGAUGAUGACGUCACAGACUGCGUCACACUGCACGUCAACCCCAAAACCAGAAAAACUGUCUGCAGAACCUUUGACAUCAAAGAUCCCAAGAGCAUGGCCAAGCCUGCAGACUGGAAGUACCAAUCAGGUGUGUGUUCCUCCUGGAGCAUGGUGUCAUGUUGUUUAAAUGUGAACGUGUUGGUUCCACUACCAGACAACAGAACCGGUGCAGAAAACAUGGAUAAAUGUCUUAAGGAGGGACUAAAAGUGUGGGCACACCAGAUUCAGAGUGGAGUUUGUUUGAUCGACGGAAAAAAGCUGCCAGAGGACGCAGAGCUCACAGCCGGACAGAGGAGGAAUGUGAGACAGACAUACACAGCUCAGCUGCUCAUCACACCGGAUGACCAGAGGUUAACAGAUGUGGUCCAGCAGUGUGGAGGCAGUGUGUCAGUCAGUGAAGCAAUCCACAGCAGAGCUUACCUACACAGCAACAAACCAAAGGCCAAACUGGCCGAGAAGCUGCUGAAGAGGGAUGUGGUUUCUACGGUGGCCACAAGGGUUCAGAUGCUGUUGGAGGAGCUGCUGAUGUCAGAGGAGGGGAGCAAGGGCAGCAGGAGAGACAAACAACAGACAGAGCAAUUUUGUCUCCCUCGUCGCAUCUUCUAUCCAGUAAAAGUGAGCGGGCCAGUGUGUGUGUGUGACUACCAGUUCAGUGACGAGGGCCUGUCCGAGGUGACUGACAGGCUGAAGGAGAUGCUGGACAUUGACGCAGCCGAGGAAGACUUGGAUACCAGGCAGGAAACGCCUGCUGAAAUCAGAGAGAGAGAUGUUGCAGCAGAGCCCACUGUGGGAACUAUUGAAGCGCUGGAGCCCAGGAGGAACAACUACAUUGGUGUUGCCAUGGCUACUACUGUCGCCCUACUUGCCACUGCUGCCUCGAUGCUGUAUCUCAGUGACAUUUAAUACACACACAUGCACACACCAAAUAAAGUAUUUGUUUGUAACAUUUC